CAGCAGCCACCUCGCCGGCAGCAUGGAGCUGAGGAGAGGGAAGACCUUCAUCAAGUCCAGCCCGCACGUCGCCCACGAGAAGCCCCCGGGCCCCGCGGCCCCGGCACCUGCCCCGGAAAACUCGGGGGCCUGCUCGGUCUCACCUGGCGGGCGGCAGCAGGCCCCUGGCGAGAGGGGCCCCCAAGCCGGUCCCAGCACCCACGGGUGCCCCCAAGGCUCCAGCAAGGGGGCACAGCCCGACCCCGAGGGGGGCGCCCCCUUCAAGCUGGUGUGGAAGAGCAAGACCCAGGACAGCGCACCGGGUGCUGGCAGGGCAGCCUCAGUGGCGGGGCACCUGGUGGGCAGCGCCAGCUUCCCGGGGCCCUCGGGCAGCCAGCGCAUGAUUGACUACCGCCACUCCGUGCCGCAGGCGCCCUUCGUGCCGGCCGUGGCCAAGAGCCUCCCCAGGAAGAGGAUCUCCCUGAAGAGGCCCAAGAAGUGCUUCCGGAACCUGUUCCACCUCCGCAGGAGCAAGACGGAGAGCCUGGCCCCGCCGGCCGGCGCGGGGAAGGGCCCGCCCUCCCCCGGGAGCCCGCCGGAGGCCCGAGGGCGGCGGGGCCCGGCCCUGCCUGCCUGGGGCGAGGGCCCGGGGCCGGAGGGCGCGAGCCAGGACCUGUCGGACGGCGAGGUCCCGCCCGAGGCCCCCUGCGAGCUCUGCAGGGCCCUGGGCGAGGACGCGGCCUCGCUCAAGAGCUUCGACUCCCUCACCGGCUGCGGCGAGAUCUUCGCCGACGAGAGCUCGCUGCCGCCGCUCAUCCUGGACGCCGGCCUGCCCGGCGCGGCCCGCCCACCGCCGGCCUCCGACGGCAAGGCGGCCAGGGGCCCCGCCCAGGACCAGCUGCCGUCGCCGGCCCGGGACGAGGCGUCGGACCUGGCGCGGUUCUGGGACAGCGUGAACCACUGCGUGUGGCAGCAGCGGCGCGCCCUGCUGGGCCUGCGGCCCGAGGGCGCUCCGGGGGCCGGCCCCGCCCCGCUCCCUCUGUGGCCCUGCAGGGACCCCCUCGGCGGCUCCAAGGCCAGCCCCACCGACACGGGCACCCCCAAGAGCGAGCAGCCGGAGUCGGUGUCCACGAGCGACGAGGGCUACUACGACGCCUUCUCCCCGAGCCUGGAGGACCGGCCGGGGGCCCCGAGCCCCGGCACCCCCUCCGCCUCCUUCCCCCGGGAGAGCUACAGCGGCGACGCCCUCUACGAGCUCUUCUGCGACCCCGGCGAGGGCCCCGCGGGUCCCGGCCUGGACGACGGCGACCUGUGCAUGUCCGAGAGCCUGUCGGGGCCGGCCCCGGGGGCGCCCCUGUCCAUGUGCAGCUUCCACGUGGGGGCGGACGAGAACCUGGCGCCGGGCCCGGGCCCCGACCUGCUGGGCCAGGGCUUCUGGCAGAGCUCCUGGAAGGGCAAGGAGUGCCUGCUGAAGCUCUGCGACACCGAGCUCGCCGUCACCAUGGGUGUCAUCAACUGGCUGCGCCGCGGCCCCGAGAGGAGAGGCCCGGGUCCCGGGCAGCUGGAGGGCGGGGUCGCCGCAGGCCUGCUCGCUGGGGAGAGCGAGGCGUCGGCAGUGGCAGUGGCGGCAGCACAGGGGCCCAGCGGCCGGCCCAGGGACCCGGCCGUGAGGGGCGAGGCCGGCGCCCGAGGCCGCCAGGAAGGUUCGUUCUCCCCCUCGGGGGCUGCGGGGGCUGCGGGGGCUGCGGCGACAGAGGCUCCCGGCAGAGACAAGGUCAUCACCCCUCUUGCCUGGCCCCAGUCUCAGGCGCCGCCCGGGCACGCAGGGUGCCCCCGAGACUGGCGCAGGCCAGGGCUCAGGGGGAGCCCCCCGGAGGCAGAGCCCACCCUGGCGGGCUGUGCGGCCCAGGUGGCCGCCCUGCAGAUCCACCCAGGGUCUGGGUCUGAGCCCCGCACGGUGCAGCCCCCCGGGCAGGACACCGGCGGCGGGCCAUGCAGGGGGCCCCGGGCAGGGGACAGGCCCCUUCCCCGGCAGGACCGGCCCGACAGCCCUCCUGGAGGGGCUGCCGCCCGGGGCCGGCCCUCCGCGACAGGCCCACCCCUCGGCCCACAGGCCCCCAAGUGCCCGGGCCUCGUCCUGGACCUACACCAGCCCCGGGUGCAGCCUGCCUCGGCCCAGGCCUCUGUGCGGCCGCAGCCCCUGUAGCUCUGCUGGGCGUGGGCAGGAGCCACGGGCCUCACCUCUAACAGCCAGGGGACAGAGUCUGCCCCACGGCCUCCGUGGAAGUGGCUGUGGCUUCCUGUCCCACCGGGGCCUCCCCUGCAGCCAGCCUGAAGUGGGGGGCCCCGGCCAGCCGGCGGGGAGCCCCAGCGGCAGCACAGCCCUGCAGGAGCCACCAGGAGCAGCCUCUUUGCGGCCGCAGUCCGGAGAACCUGAGACCGAAAUCUCCACCUUUCGUCUGCACUGUGGCGGCGACUGUGCUGGGGGUCGUGGGAGGGGGCACGGCUCGGGCAGGCGGGGCCGGGCGUGUGGCUGUGCAGGAACCUGGGCCGGAGCCCACGCGCUCAGCCGGAUCAGGCCCGGCAGCUCGCGGCCAAGGCCAGCCGGGGAGGGGCCGGCUCUCUCCAAUGGUGCCCGCACACCUCUCCCCACAAGGCUCGGAGGAGCCCAGAGCCAGGCGGCCAGAGGGGCCGCGGUGCCCGGCGGUUCCUCACACCAGGAGCCAGAGAGGCGUGGGCGCUUGCAGCUGGCGGGAGGGAAGCACCUGGC